AUGUCAGCUGACAAGUUUAGUAAUUCUGAAAACCCUGCGUGGAUUGCUGCUCAAAGAGCACUCCAAAAAAUAGGCGCAGAGACAGAUCCUGUUGUUAAUGGUGGAAUGAGUUUUACACCACCUGUCGGAUUCCCCUACGGUCCUCAUUAUCAACCAUAUUAUUCAGGAAUAAGUACUGCGGGCCAUAAUAAUAUCCAAGCAGGUUUCCCUACAUUAGAUUUAUCAUUAUAUAAUUCUCAAAAACCAAAUUUAUCGUUUGUUAAACCAAAAGUAGGUAACAAUUUAGGCAAGGUUCAAUAUCAAGCUAGAGGCACCAUUAGUAAGGGUCUCUUACCUCCUUCAGUUCAAAAUACAGUAUCUGAAAUUUCACAACAAAAUUAUUUGGGCAAUAAUAAAGCAAAAACAUUUUUUCAAAAUGGUACCCAAGCACCAGGUGUACCUACAAUUAAAUUUAAUCCAACAAAGAAACCUGUUGGAUUAUUGCUUCCUUCCCAACUUGUAAAUGAAGAUUGUGAUUACCCCUUGAUUUCGAAAGUUAGUCAUCCACCCUUACGUAAUUAUAUUUUGCGCGCCUUCAAAUCUCUUCCAAAUCCUAAUCAGAAGCAUAAGUUGUUAAAUUAUUUAGAAGAACGUGUUACUCCUUUAAUAGAAUCCGGUGCAACAAAGGCUGUUAACUGGGAUAGUGAGCCAUUACCACACGAAGUUGGUUUUAUUUUCGAAACAUUUAGUUUUUCGAAAACUCAAAAACGUCCAGCUCCACCUGUUAAUAUGCCAGCAAAAAAGUCUAUGGUAGGUAUGUCUUUGGAUUCAAAUUUUACUGGUCCUGAUAUUUUAUUAUCUGGUGCAAAAAUAACUAAAAAUAAAAGUAAGAAUUUAAAGGAUGAUCAAAUUAACGGACCAGUUGCUGAUAAAUUAAAAGAAAAAAGGGCGAAAAGGUUUGCAACUGAACUUGGAAAAAAUAAUACAAUUUCUCCAAUAAAAUUCUUUCCAACAAAUAAUUCAAGUCCAAUUUACUUUUUAGACACUAAAGGUAACAAUUCAUAUAAAUUUUCAGAAAUUAGCAUGGAUGAGAAUUUUGUUGGAACAUCAACUGAAUUGGAAAGGAGGUAUCUACGUUUAACUGAGAGACCACGACCAGAUCAAGUAAGGCCAGAAGCUGUUUUAAAAAAGUCUAUUAAUCAUGUGCUAGGUAAAUAUUACAAAACAAAAAAUUAUGAUUAUGCUGGUGGUCAGUUAAAAUCUAUUCGCCAAGAUUUAUGUGUACAAAAUAUUAGAAAUCCUUUCGCCAUUUAUGUUUAUGAAGAAUGUGCAAAAGUGGCUAUUGAGAAUGGCGAUAAGGAAGAAUUUAAUCAAUCUCAGCAACAAUUACGUCAGUUAUAUUCAUUGAAUCCAAAUACAAACAAUGAAGCUAAUUUUUUCGGUUAUAAUCUUUUAUUUCUUUUGUAUACUAAUAAUCCAAUGGAUAUCAAUAAGUGGAUGCAAAAUUUAACACGUGAUAAAAAAAAUAACAAAGUGUAUAAAAUAUACCCUCGGUUUUUUGAAUUAUAUCAUCAAUCACCUGAUGCAACAUCAAAACAUUUAAUAAAUAUUUAUUUGGAUAGAGAAAGGUGCAAUGCUUUAAAAAUUAUUUUAAGUGCUUAUCAAGUUUAUAUUCCUCUUGAAGUAAUUUCUGAGAAUUUGAGAUACGAAAUUAAUGAAUUGAGAGAGUGGUUAAAAGCUAAGGAUAUUGAAACUGUGCCUAAUAAAGAAGGUAAAGAGGUUAUUGAGUGUAAAAAAUAUAUAAAUAACGCAAGAACUAUGGAUUCAAAUACAGAGUCAGUAAAAAAAAUUAAAUCAAAGAAAAGAAAAAUUAAGAAUAUCCCAUCAGCAAGUGAGGUAGAAUCAUAUUUAAAAGAAUUACCAAAGUGUGAUUCUUAUGAAAAAUCCUUUAUGCAUCGUAGUAAUAUCACACAUGUUUUAUCUACUCUUACAGAUUUUAUUAUAACAGCUUCAAAAGACGGUAUAUUAAAAUUCUGGAAAAAGACACAUCAUCAAGGUAUUGAAUUUGUAAAAGCAUAUAAAUGCCAUUCACAUGAGUUUAUUGAUCUUCAAGAUAAUCACAACGGUACAUUAUUGGCAACUUUGUCAACUGAAGACAAAAGUGCUAAAAUUUUCGAUGUUUCAAAUUUUGAUAUGACAAAUAUUUUGUCUUUUUCAUUUAAGCCUUUUUCUUGCGCAUGGCUUGAUAGAAGUAGAGAUGUUAUAAAAGCAUUAGCUGUUUCAGAUAUUGAAACUGGUACUGUAUAUGUGUUUGAUAGUAGUGAUAGUAAAAAUAUUUUGAAGAUUUUUGAAAGAAUGCAUAGAUCUCCAUACACUAAAAUAACUUAUUCUCCAACACUUGACAUUGCUAUAUCAGUAGAUUCUAAAGGAAUAUUAGAAUAUUGGAGUGGUAUUCAGCGGAACUUUGAAUUUCCUGAUAGUGAUGUAAAAUUUUCAUCAAAAUUAUCAACAGAUCUUUUAAUACAUAUGAAAGAAAAAGUCAAAGUAUACAAUAUAUGCUGUUCUUCAAAUGGGCAAUAUUUUGCCACUUUUUCAUCAGAUUUUAAAUAUCGUGUUUUUAAAACACUUUCAGGAAAAUUGUUAUCUGUUUUCGAUGAAUCACUAGAAUUUUGUGAAAAAAAUCCUCUUGAUUAUGAAGAAUUAAAUAUUUCUUCAAUGGAUCUAGCUAGAAAAAAAGCUGUUGAGAAAGAAAUUUUAAAUGAUAAUUAUAUUGUUUAUACAAUUAAAAUGAAAUUUGACUAUAAUAAUACUAUUCUUGUUUAUCCAUUAUUAAGAAUGAUUGGAACUUCAGAAGUUAUGAGAUUUUGUUCGGUAGAUAUUUGUAAUGCUCAUCCAUUUAAUGAACAUUUGAUGCAAAGUGUUGCUACAGUAAGAACUGAUCAGUGUAAAGAUUUGUCAGAAAAAGCAUCUGAACCAGAUCCUUUGAUUGUUGCUUCAGCUUUAUCCAAAAAUAGAUUUUAUCUUUUUACUAAUUGUGAACCAUCAACAAGAGAUGAUAAGAAUAGUACUGAUAAUAGAGAUAUUGUAAAUGAAAAAAUGGUAGAAGAAAUUGUUAAACCUGUUGUUUUAAAUGAAAUAAUAACUGAUUCAAGUGAAAUAAGAGAAAAAGCCAUUAUUCAUACAUCUAAAGGUGACAUUCAUGUUCAACUAUUUUUGAAUGAAUGCCCAAAAGCAGUUCAAAAUUUUUGUACACAUGCUUACAAUGGUUAUUAUGAUGGUCAUAUUUUCCAUAGAGUAAUUAAAAAUUUUAUCAUUCAAACAGGUGAUCCAACAGGAAAAGGAACUGGUGGAGAAAGUAUCUGGGGUGGAGAGUUUGAGGAUGAAUUUCAUCAUUCACUUAAAUUUGAUGCACCAUACAAAUUAGUAGCACCUACAGAAUGGUUAGACGGUAAAAAUACUUUGUUUGGUUCUGUAAUUGAUGGUUUCAAUGUUGUUAAUUCAAUUAAUAAAGUUCAAACUCAAGAAAAAAGUGGUAGACCAUAUGAAAAUAUAAAUGUUAUUUCAAUUUCUUUAUUAUAA